AUGGUCGCCUGCUCUUGUUCGGAAAGCUUCGAUAAGCUGAACAGCAGCUUGAGCACGCAUUCAAGCUUCGAAGACGUCACGGUGCUCACCGAAGGCGUCAGGCAGAUGACGUCAUCCGAAUGCAUCAAGAAACCUACCUACGCCGAGUCCUAUCUGGGCGAGUUGCGUUAUAGCUACCCCGAAGGCGUCGUUGAAGAGGUCAGGCCGAGCUCUCCAGAAGACCUCGCCGCCACGACGAAGAAACUGGCCGAGAUCUUCGGCAUCGAGCCAUCUGAAGUCGCCAUGCCGCCAAAGAAGACCUACUCUGAUGGCUUCGACAGGAAAAGCAUUGCCGAGCUUUUCGGCCUGCCUUACACUGAAGACGUCCCAACGCCGAGCUUCAUCGAAGAGACGCCGACGUUGGAGAAAGUGGAAGAAGUCUCGAAGCUGAAUCAGAGCGUCGAAGAAGGAUACGUCAACAAGGAGGAGACGUCAGAAGAGAGGUCUCAAGCUGCCCGACGCCCAGCAGUUCGCUACUCCGACAAGUUUAUCCUAAUCCUCGUUUUCGGAUUAGUCUUCACCCACAUCUCUCAGUUCGUAGGCUUUCUAUCUCCUUACUUUGCAAUUUUCUUUAAUAGUGUUCUAUAUGUGUUCUCGGAAGUUUGCCAAUUCUGCUCUAAGAAUCGAACCUCCACGUUUCUCUUCGGUAUCGCUACCGCAGCCGUAUUUUAUCCUUUGCACGUCAUAGCGAUUCUUUAUGUUGAAAUUAUACUUAAAUUAAUCUGGUGCCUUUGGCCUGGUCUUUGGUACAAUUUCGAUAUGUGUGAGUAA